UAGCUACACAUAUAACUCUUUCGAUGUCUUUACACUGGGUGUCUUUCCCGGUGGAUCUUUAGUAUUUAUGGCAAAUUUGGCCUGUCAGCGGUUGGUCGCCACUACAGACACAAAGACGGAGUGUCAAAUUAUUGGUUGGGGUGCAUUUUUGGUCAAACACAAGUGGUGUGUUUUCCCGUUUUGGACUUCCAUUUUGGGUUUCGAAGAAAUGUGCUUUUAUGUUGACUGAUAUCCGUCUGCGUGCACUGCAGUGGUGCGCAGCUUGGCCAGGAGGGAACACCUGUGUGCCUUCUCUUCUGCUCCCAUAUGAUUACAUUAUGAAUGUUGAGCAGGGAGCGGAUAACCACGAGGCGCAGCGUCUGUCUUCAUUUGUGUGAGAGAACGGGAGAAGGUGCGGCGCGAGCACCACCGGCCCGAAAGCAAGCAUGAAGAGAGCAGCCCUCUUUACCCAGAGCUGAAAUGCUAAGGUUGGAGAGCGAGGGUGCCGGAUUAAAUCAACAGACUGAUUACUUUCAAGUCGCGGGCAGGAAGAGCUGAUUGAGACAACAGCCUUUGUGUGGUUUGAUGCUGCUCCCAGUCCCCAUCCAAAACAAGACCCGUUAGCUGCUAUCCGCAUCUCCCUUCUGCUGUGAGAUUGAAACGUGUGAAGCAGAACCCAGAUGGAGUGGUCACUGGAGGGUGUGAGAGAGAUGGUGGCCGGAGGGAUGCAGUCCGUGAGAGAGUGUGAGAUCUGUGCUUGUGGCACAGUGGUGUGUGUCCUGCUGCUGUUCCUGUGGUACUGCUACAGGGUGGGCCGCGAUCACAGCUCGAGUCCAUUGCGCGGCAGGUAUCUGACCGGUUCGAGCAGGAUUGGAGGGGUGGUGGGGGGCUUCAUCGGCUCAGACUGUCGUAAUCGAGGCAAAGGGAAAUCCGGCUCCAUGUUAGAGGAGCAGAACGGCUUUGCUUUCUGCCAGUCGUCCGAGUGUUUCCGCUGCACCAGCGCCGGAGAAAGUCUGAACCAGAGGCUCUACCACAGCCUGCAGGAAUACGCCAAACGCUACACCUGGUCGGGUAUGGGCAGGGUGCACAAAGGAGUACGCGACCAAGGUCGAUACCUUAACACCCGACCAACCAUCCAGCGGCCUGAGGUCUUCUUCCUACCUGAUCUACCGUCAGCUCCUUUCUUCUCCAGGGAAAUUCAAAGACACGAUGUGGAAUUCCUGGAGCAGAGCUUCCCCGCCCUUUUGGCUGAGUUUGAGACGAUCUACAAUCAACCACCCGCCCGCAGCGGCUCCCCCCUGCCACCGGGUUGGAAAGCCAACUCCACUCCUCGUGGCCAAUGGUGGACUUACUACCUGGUCAACCAAGGCACCCCACUGGUACUUAAUGUCAGGAGGUGUCCACGGGCCUGGAGGGUGUUGGGCCAGCUGCGUACUUUCAUCGCCAACAACGUGUUCGGAAACGCCUGCUUCUCUGUGCUGUCGCCGGGAGCUCUAAUCACUGAACAUUAUGGUCCGACAAACGUGCGGCUGCGCUGCCACCUGGGUCUCAGAGUGCCCCCCUCAUGUGAGCUUGUAGUUGGUGGAGAGCCCCAGUGCUGGUCGGAGGGCAGCUGUCUGCUUUUUGAUGACUCUUUCCUCCACAGGGCCUUCCACGAGGGGGGUCCAGAAGACGGCCUCAGAGUGGUGUUCAUGGUGGACCUCUGGCACCCCAAUGUGGCCGCCGCUGAAAGACAAGCCUUAGACUACAUCUUCACUCCAGGCCGCUUGGAAGAGAAGGAAGUCAAAUAGGUGAACGGAUGUGAAGCAUCGUAUCCAAGCAAGAGGUAGAAGCCUGUGUGAGUGUGUGCCAGAGAACAAAUGUCACAUUCACUGUGUGCACAUCUGAGAAGCUGCACAAAUAUUAGCCUCAUGUCGUGUCAAACGACCGCAUUUAACAGCACAUUCACCAUUUACUUAUAAUGAGUGCCAGCUGUAUUUUGGACCGUGACAAUUGUUUUCGGAUUUUUAUUUAUUUAUUGCCUUGAUAGAUCGUCACAAAGGAUUUGAAAUAAAACAAUCAGCAUUAUUGUAAGAGGUUUUACAAAAAUCUGGUAUUUUUAAUACUAAUGUCCAUCGACUGCAGACUCCAGGCUGUCAUUGACUCCAAAGUAAAACCUCUUAAAUUACAGUAGGCUUUGUGACAUCUGGAAUGUUUUAGUUCAAAUCCAUUGCCGUGUCUUUGUUCACACAAAACACUUCUGAAUCUUCAGCAUUGGUCAUGCAGAGCAUUGUUUGCUUAUUUUUAAAUACAAAAAUACACAUGAGCUCAUUUGGGAACUUGCCAAAACAGUCCAUUUGGCAUCAAUCUGUAAAGAUGGGCAAUCAGCCACCUGUAGAAUGUAGAAUUGGAGAUUAUUAGGUUUGAUAUUUAACUGAUGAAGCCAAUGUCUAAACUAGAUAUUUGUACCAUUGGUCUCAUCUAAAUAUCUUUGAUAACAGGGGUGCAACACAUCAGUCAUUACGUGAAUGUUUACAUAGCUAAUGCGGCUGAGGUCGCUUAUUGUCCACAGAGUCCCCACCUGCUUGUAAAACAAGACAUGGUCGAAAAGCACAUUUUUUGGGGGGGUGGAGGAUAAUAUGAAUCAAACUGUGGCGAUACAAUGAAGAUGAACAUGUUUUGCUAAAUUUGCUAAACGGUGGUAAUUUGGAUGUAUUUGGUAUUACAUUUGUAUUCUUGUAAAUACAGUAUGUAAGCGUUGAAGUUAAAUUGGGGGUGAAAUGGUUUGAUGUGUUUUGAAAUAACAGUCUUUAAAUGCUUAUAAAUAUCAUGUUGUCUUGAGUUAGUUAAAUUUGCCGGUCCAAACACAAUGUUGGUUGCAAUUGAUAGAUUCUGUAAAAUACUUUUGAAGUUGCUACGCUGCUGUUCUUGAGAGAUUUUAUUUUGUGUUAUGCAUGACCUGCAAGCAUUCAUCAAUACGUUUAUAUAACCCGAAUCCAAAUUAUCACCCAUCAUACUGGAUUCGUGCUGUUUAAAAGGGACUUUUUUUCUCUCUUUUUGCACAUGAAAAGUAAUCUCAAGCAGCUUCGCGUGAUGUUUGCGAACUAACACCGAUGUUUACAAUGUGUAAGAACAAUGACACUCACAUUGAGCUGUCUGUUUUUAAUUUUUGAUUUGGGGAUGACUGUCGUCAAUAUGAAGAAGAGCAUAAUUAUCAAAGCUCAUUCUUUAGACUUCAUGGUUUAACAAAAUUGUUUCCAUUUGGAUUGAGGACAGUGCCAAACUAACUCGCUUGUAGUGGCUUCAGCGACCUCUGCUGUUUGAAGUGAUAAUUACAGGACACUGGUGCCUACUGCUGUUGCCACCCAGUUCCUUUGUGGCAAGGAACUGCAAAGAGAAACUAUUUAAAGGACUUUGACAUGUUGAGAUGAUAUUUUGUAAUGUUAUAGUAUAGCAUUCUGAGCUUUCUGACUGAUUUAGCAGGGGAUGUUGUGUAAUGCUUGUGCGUAGAGAGACAAUUGACAGUGCCUUCAGAAGUCUUUACAAACUACUUUUGAAAUUAAGUAUUUCUUACCAUGUUAUUGUGUGAUGAGUUAUAACCUACAACAGUUUAGUCGGAAUAUCAACCAUCCGUGAACCAUCAAUGUUGUGUUUUCUUUUUUUUUUUAAUGCUAUUGUAUUAUAUAUAUUCCGGUUAUGUUGCUUCCUUGCGUCAAUUUUCAAGUGUUUCUGCACAUUUAAUAAAUGGUCAACAAUA